AUGGAAUCCGUCGGUCAAAUAAUACUAGAGCCGCGUCUAACUAACAACGGGUGUGCUGAUUUUGCCUCGAUCCUUAAAAUUGUUAAUCGCUUGAAGACUUUGAAAGAUCAAAUGGGUUUGGCAUUGAUAGUCUUGAUUCAAAAGAGUGGUUUCUCGUGGAAUGAUGUUACCAAAAAGAUAGAUGCUAAACCAACUGUUUGGGAUGACUUAAUCAAUGCUAAUGACAAGAUGAGGUUGAUUCGAGAUAAACAACUUUUCAAUUUAGAAUUGCUACGCGAGAUCUAUGAAAAAGAUCGAGCAACCGAUGAUGGUGCCGAGAGUGCUAAAGAGAAAGUUCAAAGAUGGGAAAGGGAGCAAAGAGAGAUACGGAUUGAGGAUAUUGAUGAGAUGCAAAUAAACAAUGAAAUACAUCCGGAGAACUUUUCCUCCUUCGAUAAUCAUAAUUCUUCAUCAACACCAAACAAUCAAGCACAAACCACAUCUAUACUUGAUGUAACGAGCUUCGUCAUCGAAAGAAGUCUCUUUCAAAGGAACUAA